AUGGCAGACGAGGGAAACGGAAUCAUUCGCCUUCGCAGCAGCGAUGGCAAGGUUUUUGAGCUCACUGAGAGUGCUGCUGAAAUCUCCGAGUUGCUCAAGGAUAGUCCUCGUGAAGAGGACGACGAAGUUACCGAAAUCGAUAUUGUGAGAGUCGCUUCUCCGUGCUUGGAGAAAGUUGUUGAAUUUAUGAAGCAUUACGAUGAGGAGAAAAUGAAGGAAAUCCCGACUCCAUUGGGUGGUUCUACUUUCAACGAGGUGAUGGAUCAGCCUUGGUAUCAAGACUUUGUUUCUGACGAAAAAAUGAACCGCGAUAUGCUUUUCAACAUGCUUAGCGCAGCCAAUUUCCUUGGUAUCAAGCCUUUGCUUGAUUUGACUUGUCUCAAGGUUACCUUCCAGAUCACUGGAAAGAAUGCUGAAGAGAUCCGAGAGCUUUUACGCCUUCCAGAAUUGACCCCAGAGGAGGAGGCCAAGGCCCGGGAAGAGCACAGCUGGAUUUUUGAGGAGGCUUAA